UCACUUAUAAAAACAGAAAGGCUAAGCAGAUGUCUCUAAUUUCAAAUCAAUUUUGUUAAUACAGCCGACACAAUGAACUUCUCUGCUGCACUCGUCUUUUUGGCUUGCCUUGUGGCUUAUGUCUCGUGCGAAGUGUGCACGACUAAUACUGACUGUGGAAAUACUAGAUGCGCCGCCGGUUUGACCGUCAUCUGUCAACACCCUGAUGGAUCCGGUAUUGUUGCUAACGGCGGGCUAUGUACAUGUGAACAGACUGCUGGAGGGGAAUGUACUGGAAAGGCCGAUUGUUAUGGUGACCAAGCCCCAAACCUGACAUGUCCUGACAGCGCGAGACACUGCUACGAUAACAAAUGUAUUUGUGACCGAUUUCCAAUAAGUGGUGGACGAAAAUAAGUCAUUGUAUUUGAUUAAUUGUUAUGUUUUACAAAAUAAAUAUGCUAAACUCUC